AUGGACGACCUCUAUGACGAGUUUGGCAACUUCAUCGGCGAAGCCGCCUCCGACGAAGAGGCUUCCCAAGAUGGCGCCGCCGGCCAACACUAUGUCUACGACGAGGAGUCAGAACCCGAGGAACAAGCUCCUGCGGAGGAGGCUAUGGAAGUUGAUGACGAAGGACCCUCCAAUGCCGUGAUCUUACACGAGGACAAACAGUACUACCCCACGGCACAGCAGGUAUACGGGGAAGAAGUCGAGACUUUAGUGCAGGAAGAGGAUGCACAGCCGCUCACGCAACCGAUAAUUGCGCCGGUCACGCAGAAGAAGUUCCAGGUGCAGGAAGCAGACCUCCCUCCAGUCCACUACUCGAGAGACUUCAUGACCGAUCUCCUAAAUUUCCCCGAAGGCAUCAGAAAUAUUGCGGUGGCAGGACAUCUACACCAUGGCAAGACGGCAUUCGUGGAUAUGUUGGUCAUGCAGACACAUGACUUGGAAGAGAGACUGGAUAAGAGGGUAGGCAAGAGGAGGGACGAACAGUUGAGAUAUACCGACACACAUUUCCUGGAGAGAGAACGAGGGAUUUCAAUAAAGGCUGCGCCGAUCAGUAUGGUCAUGCAAGGCACGAAAGGGAAAUCGCACAUCCUCAACAUUAUCGACACACCUGGACAUGUGAACUUUGUGGACGAGGUAGCCUCGAGCUUGCGACUGGUUGACGGUGUGGUGCUCGUCGUUGAUGUGGUGGAAGGCGUUCAGGUCAACACCGAGCAAGUCAUCAAGCACGCUGUUUUGGAGGACAUACCGAUGGUCUUGGUCAUAAAUAAAAUGGACCGCCUGAUCCUCGAGCUGAAAAUACCACCGACAGAUGCAUACUUCAAACUAAAACACGUUGUUGAGGAGGUCAACACAGUCAUUGAGAACACCAUUCCGGGCCGUGGUGAAAAGCGGCGGCUGUCACCUGAAAAGGGCAAUGUGGCUUUUGCAUGCACAUCCAUGGACUGGGUGUUCACGUUACCGUCCUUUGCAAAGAUGUACGCCGAAACCUACCCUAAGGUCGACGCUGCCGAGUUUGCUAGACGGCUCUGGGGGGAUAUUUUCUUCAACCCUCGAAGCCGAAAGUUUACGCGGAAAGGAAUGGAAGAGGGAGCAAAGAGAGCAUUUGUGAAUUUCGUGCUGGAGCCCAUUUACAAGCUAUACUCCCACACCAUCAGUGAAAGCCCUGAGGAUCUGGCGCCGACUCUACAGACGCUGGGUAUCACACUCAAACCGUCGCAGCUCAAGUCAGACGCCAAAGUGUUGCUUAAACUGGUGUGCGCUCAGUUUUUUGGACCUGCGAGUGGUUUCGUCGACAUGGUUGUGCAGCACGUACCUUCACCUGUGGAUGGCGCAAGAAGAAUGCUCGAUAAUUACUACACAGGUUCUCUAGAAUCAAAGGUCGGUGAUUCGAUGACAAAAUGCGACUCGGACGGGCCCUUGGUUAUUGAGGUCACAAAACUCUUCAGCUCAACAGAUGCCAAAACGUUCAAUGCUUUCGGUCGCAUUAUGUCUGGCACAGCAUCACCGGAUCAGGUGGUUCGAGUGCUUGGAGAGGCAUACAGUCUCGAAGACGAGGAAGAUUCGACUACGGCGACUAUUAUGGGCGUGCAGAUCGCCUGUUCACGGUACAACAUACCCGUCUCGGGUGUGCCUGCGGGAAAUCUCGUGCUAUUAUCUGGAAUCGACAACUCUAUCGUCAAGACAGCCACGGUUGUUUCCGAGAAAUUCCCAGACAGCGAGGAUGCUUACAUUUUCAAGCCGAUACGCCACUUCACAGAAUCCGUCUUUAAAGUCGCAGUCGAACCUGUUAAUCCAUCCGAACUUCCCAAGAUGCUCGAAGGCUUGCGUAAGAUCAACAAGUCAUAUCCGUUGAUUACCACGAAAGUCGAGGAGUCUGGGGAGCACGUUGUCCUAGGAACAGGAGAACUAUACAUGGAUUGUGUGUUACAUGACCUGCGAACGCUAUAUGCGGAGAUGGACAUCAAAGUCUCGGAUCCUGUCACUCGCUUCUGCGAAACCGUGACCGAGACGAGCGCUAUCAUGUGCUACGCGUUGACGCCUAACAAGAAGAACAAACUAACCAUGAUCGCUGAACCGCUAGAUGAUGGGAUCGCCGAGGACAUCGAGGCUGGUAAUGUCAAAAUUCGAGAUCCAAUCCGGAAAGUUGCCAAGUUCUUUGAAGAGAAAUACGAAUGGGAUAAACUGGCGGCUCGGUCAAUAUGGGCGUUUGGCCCAGAUGAGAUGGGGCCCAACAUUCUAUGUGACGAUACAUUACCUUCGACCACGGACAAGAAGCUGCUCAAGUCUGUGCAAGAAAGCAUCAAGCAAGGCUUUUCGUGGGGCACGCGAGAAGGGCCACUCUGCGAAGAACCGAUCCGCAACACCAAAUUCCGUGUUACAGGAGCUGAGCUCGCGACGGAGCCUAUCUUCCGCGGUGGAGGCCAAAUCAUUCCAACCGCUCGACGUGCAGUUUACAGUUCCUUUCUAAUGGCCAGCCCUCGACUCAUGGAGCCAAUCUACAGUGUGCAUAUGACCGGUCCAGCCGACUCGAUUUCUGGUCUUUAUACGGUGUUGAUGAAGAGGCGUGGACAUGUCGUUUCUGAUGGACCUGUGGCAGGGACGCCCCUAUAUGCAGCCAAAGCUCUUCUCCCGGUGAUUGACAGUUUUGGAUUUGAGACGGACCUGCGGAUCCACAGUCAAGGAGCAGCCAGUGUGUCACUGGUCUUUGACCGGUGGGAUGUUGUUCCUGGAGACCCAUUGGACAAAAGCAUACGCAUAAGACCGCUGGAGAUGGCUGCCCCUCAGCAAGCGGCGAGAGACUUUGUGCUCAAGACGAGACGAAGGAAAGGAUUGAGCGAAGACGUGGAUGUCAAGAGAUUCCUGGAACCAGAGCUGCUUGCCGGGUUAAGAGAAAGUGGUGUUCUGGAUUGA